AUGGGGCAAUGUGGACAAGGACAUGCCCAGAGCCCAGUAACAAGACCCCGUAAAGUCAUCGGGCUUGAAGGUGCUCACAUUCAGCAAAUCUCUGCUGGCACAUCUCAUAGUGUUGCUACUACCGCUCUUCCAUAUGACCGGUACGUUUAUAAGCUCAUUUUAGAGAGAUUCACUUCACCCUGGUUCAUAAAAAAUGUUUUUUACAUUUUCUUUGUAAAUUCAAAACUUUACCUCUAAACAUACAAUGUUAAUAUCUGUUUAUUUCACCACUAAUAAUUUUUUAAUAUAACAGCCAGGUGAUAGCAUGGCAUAGGCCAUUUUGUGUUGAUCUCCAAGAAGCAACAUUUUCUGUACUCAGCACAUUCCUUGAGCGGUACUGUGAUGGCUUUGAUAAUCCAGAGCCGCCUCCACCAUUUGCAAACAAACAGUAUGUAUGUUUUUUUUCUGUUGAUUGAAGGAUUACAAUUUUUUAGCAUGAACAUUAAAAAGAAAUAUCUAAAAAAACUUCAGUUUCUGAUGCUUUGAUUCCUUGAUAUGAACUGAAAUAGCCUUGCUAAAAUAAAAUCUCUAUAAAAUCUUAAACCUAUUGCUUGAUUAAAAUUUUUCACCUAAUAUUUUACAGACAGCACCAACAGUUUGUCUUGCUGUGUCUCAAACUGCUGUCAUCACAUCUUUCCCUUGCC